AUGGGAGUUGUUAAUACGAGUGAAAGGUUAGGCGGUUGUUGUUUUUGUGUCUACGCGCUGCUGAUAACCAUCGGAAUCGGAACGGCUGACUGUCGCCGCGAUGAAGACGUGAACGAUGAUCACCGGGUUCCGGUGGCGGCGGAGCUAUCCGGUAUUGAGAAGUGCCCCGGUAUAAUGCGUUACGUUUUCGACGGUUACGCGCCGAUCGGAAAUACCAAUGCGGGAAACUACACGGAGAAUUCCAAAGGAGUCACGCUGGAACCGUGUGUAAGGGACUGUUGCGCGAAAGGACCCAGCUGCAACACGGCCUUCAUAUUCAACCACACUUGCUACCACGUGAAAUGCAUCAGUAACGAGCUGUGCCUUCCGGCGAAGAAAGAAAAUCUCUCCUCGAUGCCCCGAAUGGUUCUGGUGAACCCGGUCGAAGACGGUACGGCCGCCAGUACGUGGUGGGAACUGUUAAAGAAAGCACAAGAGAAGCGCCUGCUUGCCAGUGGGUCGCCCGUGGUUGGGGAUGAAGUACGGGACGAUAACUUGCUGGACAAGCUGGCGGAGUUCUACAACCUAGCGAACGGUGUGCAGCGGGUGCGUGAUAGGGAGGACAAGUUCGACCUCUCGCAACCGGGUAAUCUGUACGGCGGGUCGUACAAAUCGCUCGACUACGGUACGGGUGAUUUCGAAAAGUAUGACAGCAACUUCCUGCGCGACCAAUACGACGAGGAAGCGGAAGAGAGUAAGCUCUAUACGGACACCCUGGUCCUCGGAUCGAUACGUCCGUGUCAAACCGAUGCUGCCUGUCCGCGUAAUGAGCUGUGCGCGCGGGUCGUACCGGGCCAACGGAAAGGCAUUUGCGCCUGCGUGGAAGGAUUCGAGAGAAACGAGAAGAAGUUGUGCUUACCGAAGCAGCAACUGGCCAGCGAUACGAUAGCCGUCCCGCAAAUGCUUUCGGCGGCACAAAAGCAGUCGAUGCCGGUGGAAGAACCGUUGCCAUCGCCGAUGCGAUCCAGCGUGGCAAAGGAUUUGACUGUAUCGGUGGUCUCGAAGGAUGUACGUCUACCGACGAACGAAGCCACACUUUCCGCGUACGUGAUACCGGACGAAACGACCAGCGGCGAUCGGUACAGUUACCUGUGGACACUGGUGUCGCAGCCAAAGGGGGACAACAACAGCACGAUUGCCGACCAGACGAAAUCGGUGGCGAAGCUGUCCGGCCUGGCGGAGGGUUUGUAUCAGUUCAAAGUGACCGUGAGCGGCCAGAACGGCUCGUACGGCGAAGCGUUUAUGAACAUCACCGUGCUGCCGGAGCAGAAAAUCAACCAACCACCGCGCGUGGUCAUAACGCCGGUGAAUCAAACGGUUCGCCUACCGAACCACGAAGCGAUCCUCGACGGCAGUGGUUCGGGAGACGAUGUCAAAAUAGUGCACUGGCUGUGGGUGCUGGAGCAGGGUCCACUUGGCUAUCAGCCCGAUCUGCCGGAGGUGAGCACGUUGCAGCUGAAGAAUCUGACCAUCGCCGGAAACUAUACCUUCAAGCUGACGGUAGAAGACGAGCAGGGACUGAGCACCAGUGCGUCCGCCGUGAUCCAGGUGCUGAAGGAGAUCGACUAUCCACCGGAAGCGAACGCGGGUCAGAAUGUGAUACUCUACCUGCCGAACAAUAACGUCACGCUGAAUGGUUCCAUGAGCAAGGACGACAACGGAAUCGUGGCCUGGGAGUGGACAAAGGCCAGCACAAACCAGUCGAAAGCGGUCGAUAUGCAAAACACCCGGACACCCUUUCUGCAGCUUUCGAACCUCGAGGAGGGCGUGUACGCGUUCGAACUGAAGGUCACGGACGCUAAGAAUCAGAGCAGUACUUCGAGGGUGCACGUGUUCGUGAAACCACCGACUAACCGGCCACCGGAGGCAAAGGCCGGUCAGAGCGGGACGAUCUCUCUGCCGCAGAACUGGGCAACGCUCAAUGGGAGCGAGUCGAGUGAUGACAUUAAAAUUUCGACCUUCCGCUGGGAGCAGGUGUCCGGGCCGAAUGCUGCGGUGAUAAUGAAUGCCAAUGCAUCUAUCGCCAAUGCGACGUCUCUAACGGUUGGGGAAUACGUGUUUGAGCUGGUCGUGUCGGACGAGGCGAAAAACGAUGCUCGGGCCCGUGUAAAGGUAACGAUUGUGCAGGAAAAGAACACAGCGCCCGUCGCGAAUGCCGGGGGUGAUCAAACGGUGACACUUCCCACCAACAUUCUCGUGAUGAACGGGAGCCGAUCGAGUGAUGAUCUGGGAAUCGUGCGUUACAGUUGGACCCGGGAACCGAGCAGCUUAGCGAUUGGGACCAUCAUUGACGAUAGUGACAAGAAACCGGUGCUGAUGCUUACAAACAUUGUCACUGGCCGAUACGUUUUCAAACUGACCGUGCACGAUGGGCAAGGUCUUUCGGCGUCGGACACCGUUAGCAUCAUCGUGCAUCCCGAUCCGCUGCUGAUGAGUUUGGUGGAGGUAACCAUUACCACCGAAGCGACGGUGCUGACGGCGACCGAGCUGGACUCGAUCGAACAAAAGCUGACGCUACUCAUCGGCGACAAUAUGGCCAAACUGCACGUCCGAGAACUCAAGGUGGAGCCCAGAACGGGUCAGGUGGUGAUUGUUUUUUACGUGGAAAAGAAAACCGGCCUCGAGGACAAGGACAAAGUGGUAGUGAUACCGGCGCUGGAGGUGGAACGAAUAUUGAAGGAAAAGUUUUGGCGAGAUUACACCAUACUUGGCACCUCGGUCGUCGGCAUUCGUACCACCGUUUGCCAGAACGAUUGUUCCGGGCACGGUGUGUGUAAUGCAGAAACUCGCGAAUGCAUUUGUCAGAGCUUCUGGAUGCCGGAUAUUUUUUACUUCUGGGGGAUCGCUGAAGCCAAUUGUGAUUGGUCCAUACUGUACGUGAUUGUUGGUGUGCUGAUAGUUUUCUUCGUGCUGUCCGGCAUUUGCUGGGGAAUCACAUGCCUUUGUCGGAGAACGCCGAAACCACGCACAAGGCCCAAACCGCAGAAAUACUCGUUGCUACAGACGAAUGACGAGGAAUUGCCUUCAUUUAACCGUGCGGGAACAAACCUGUCGGACACCGACUCCGACUCGGAUGUGCUUUUCGAGAGCCGCUCACGGCAUAACGGUCUGCUGCCCGUCGGACGGUCGGCCAACGGUGGCUUGCCCAACGGAGAACUACGGAACGGUACCGGAGCAGGAGGAGGACACCCGAAGUACGGGGUCACGCGCCUUGGGCGACGCAUAAAGGCUUAG